AUGUCUCGAUAUGCCGCAGUUCAUGCGAACCCUCAAGGAGUUGGCGACUCACGCCCAACGGCCCUACAAAUCGUUGAAGAUGAAAACAUGGCAGGCAGGCUUGAUAGAAAGGUAGUUGUAAUCACGGGUGUUUCGUCUGGCCUUGGUGUUGAAACCGUUCGUGCAAUGGCAGCAACAGGAGCAACUCUCUACCUCCCUACAAGAGAUUUGGGCAAAGAGAAAACGGCUCUCGGUGAUAUAUUUUAA